AUGCCCGGCCCUGUGGACACCUCAAAGUCCAUCGACAAGAAGCGGAAGAGAAAGCACAGUUCUAAGCCUGCCGCCAAUGGCGAAGAUGUCCCGAAGCCUGUCGAGGCUAAGCCCAGCCCUGCAAAGAGCUCCAAGAAGGCCGCUCCCUCUCCCAAGCCUGCCGCCGACAAGUCGACCAAGAAGCGCAAAGUGAGCCACUCGCCCAGCGACGACGAGGAGAGCGCUGACGAGGCUGAGGAUGUUGAGGAGCAGGCCGAGGAGGACGAAGACGUUGAGGAGGUCGAGGAGAAGGGCGAUGGCUCUGCCAAUCUCCCAACUAUGGGUGACGUUCACCUGCCUAAUGAGGUCCAAUUGCAGAAGUUCUCUGAGCUGAACCUCUCCGAGAAGACCAUGACGGCUAUCCAGGGUAUGGGCUUCACGACGAUGACUGAGAUCCAACAACGCACAAUUCCGCCGCUCCUGGCUGGUCGUGAUGUUCUGGGUGCGGCGAAGACUGGAUCCGGCAAGACUCUGUCCUUCUUGAUUCCCGCUGUGGAGAUGCUCAGUGCUCUGCGCUUCAAGCCCAGAAACGGUACCGGUGUUCUGGUCAUCUCUCCUACCCGUGAGCUGGCUCUUCAGAUCUUCGGUGUUGCCCGUGAGCUCAUGGAACACCACUCUCAGACAUAUGGUAUCGUCAUUGGUGGUGCCAACCGUCGCGCUGAGGCUGAUAAGCUGGCCAAGGGUGUCAACCUGCUCAUCGCAACCCCUGGUCGUCUGCUUGAUCACCUCCAGAACACCCAAGGCUUCAUUUUCAAGAACAUGAAGACCCUUGUCAUCGACGAGGCUGACCGUAUUCUGGAAGUUGGUUUCGAAGAUGAGAUGCGCCAGAUUAUCAAGAUUCUCCCCAAGGAGGAGCGUCAGACCUCUCUAUUCUCUGCUACUCAAACAACCAAGGUCGAGGAUUUGGCCCGUAUCUCGCUGCGUCCCGGCCCUCUGUACAUCAACGUUGACCACAGCAAGGAGCACAGUACCGUGGCGGGUCUGGAACAGGGCUACGUUAUCUGUGAGGCCGAUAAGCGCUUCCUGCUUUUGUUCUCGUUCCUCAAGCGCAACCUGAAGAAGAAGAUUAUUGUUUUCUUCUCCAGCUGUAACUGUGUGAAGUACCAUGCCGAGCUUCUGAACUACAUCGAUCUUCCCGUCCUGGAGCUGCACGGAAAGCAGAAGCAGCAAAAACGAACCAACACCUUCUUCGAGUUCUGUAACGCUAGCCAGGGCACCCUGAUCUGUACUGAUGUUGCUGCCCGUGGUUUGGAUUCUAGAUCCCCGCCGUCGACUGGAUUAUUCAGUUCGAUCCCCCCUGAUGACCCUCGUGACUACAUCCACCGUGUCGGACGUACUGCUCGUGGUGCCAACGGCAAGGGUCGCAGUUUGAUGUUCUUGCAGCCCUCUGAGGUCGGCUUCCUCAAGCACCUGAAGGAAGCCCGUGUUCCUGUCGUCGAAUUCGAGUUCCCCCAGUCGAAGAUUGUCAACGUCCAGUCUCAAUUGGAGAAGCUCAUUGGACAGAACUACUACCUCAACAAGUCUGCCAAGGAAGGUUACAAGUCUUACCUCCAGGCUUACGCCUCCCACUCCCUCCGUUCCGUGUUCGACGUGAACAAGCUCGACUUGGUCAGGGUGGCCAAGGGCUUCGGUUUCAAUACACCUCCCCGCAUCGAUAUCCAGCUGGGUGCCAGUAUGUCUCGGGAUAAGAAGCAAGAGCAACAAAGUCGCCGCACAUAUGGUAGUCAGCCGAAGGGAGGGCUGAAGUUCAAGCGAAAGCACGAGGAUUAA